AUGUUGUACCUUCUCUUUUCCCAGUUGUGCUACCGCACCCACGUGCGUCCCAUUGCUCUGUAUGGCGGAGAGAAACCCUAUCGACAAGUGUUGGAAUUGCAGCGUGGAUGCCACCUGGCUGUUGCAACUCCUGGUAGGCUUCUCGACUUUUUGGAUCAGCGUCUACUCAGUCUCUCGUUCUGC